CGUCAGUAGGAGUUUGAACAUCGAAGGAGCGAGUAAUGGAAUAGCCGAAGAGAGUGCAGGGAGUGGAAGAACCGCUAUUUAGCGAAUUUGUUUUAGCCACCACCGUGUCGUCACCAUUUUUUGCAGUCCAGUUGUUUUACUGCUGCAAAAAAAGCGGAUCAACGCGCGCGGCAAAGUGCAUCCGACCAACCGACCUGCUACGAUUUUAUAUCUGUGCGUGGGAGACCGUGUCUGCGAUCCUUUGUACGACAAAUUUCAAGUUACGGGAUCGGGAUCGUGUUUUUCUCGGUGUGUAUUUUCCGUCGAUGAGUCGCGACCGCGUACGUGCGUGUGUGUGAGUGAGUCGACACCGAAAAAAGGCUAAAUUUUCGAUGAAGAGGUCAGCAAAUUGAUUUGGCGAAAUUUUUUGGCUUUGGAGAAGAAAAAAGUCGCAAUUUGUAAGCGGUAGGAAGAAAAGCAAACCAGCUAGCGAAGGAAAGAAGAAGCAGCAUCGUGUGAAUAUCUGUUGGUCGCGCACAUAAAGGAAAAGUUUUUUUUUUUUGGUGCCGCUGUAGUGGUGCGUUUACCAUAUCUCUCUCACCAAUACACCCAAACCCGAAAUUGCGUGACGACGAGUUCGAUCGCUCUACUCGGGACACCAAAACAGCCACGGCCUACUGUGCUGCUGCUGUGUGAUGGUUUGGCUUGCAUGAAUCGGAUGUCGGAGUCGUCAUCUUGAAAUCCCGGAGAUCACGUACCCACUCUUGAGUUGUAUUUUUCCUCGCGCGACUCGCGGGCUAAAGUCGGAGUAACGAAAAACGAGGUUAGAGCGCGCUGACUUUGGUUUUGUAGCCGGAGCACAAAGUAGGGCGACGAUUUUGUCUGUUUUUCUCUGCGUGCUUGCGAGGAAAAGCCAACGGAAGAAAAAAAGCCAGGUUGUCCCGGGUUCCAGCUUCCGCGUCCCUACUGACAGUGUUUUUUGAAGAGUUCAAACUUCGGGUCGAAAGAGGAAAUCAACGCCGCAGCCAUGGUGGAACGGAUUGUCGAAGAAACAGCUGAAGCAAAUAUAGAUUCGCGAAACGCCGCCGAGGUAGCCCGGUACAGCAGCGAGGAGAUAUCGGGCAAUGAGUCAAACGAGGUGCGGAUGACCGAUGCGGAGCGCCAGGCCGACUUCAACCGCCACAAGGAGGAGAUGAAGCGCAAGCGACGCAGGAAGAAACGGGCCAGCUCGUCGAUGCAAUCAUCGUGCUUCCAAGAGUUGUACAAGCUGACCGGCGAGGUGCUUGGUGAGGGCGCGUAUGCUUCGGUCCAAACGUGCAUCAACAUCUACACAGAGCUGGAGUACGCGGUGAAGAUCAUCGACAAGAUCCCGGGUCACGCCAGGGCUCGGGUGUUCCGUGAGGUGGAAACGUUCCACCACUGUCAGGGCCAUCCGAAUAUCUUGCAGCUAUUGGAAUUUUUCGAGGACGAGGAAAAAUUUUACCUAGUGUUUGAGAAGAUAAACGGCGGACCGCUGCUGACCCGCAUCCAGGAGAACGUGUGCUUUUCCGAGUACGAUGCGGCCCAGAUCAUUAAGGAGAUCGCCUCCGGGUUGGACUUUCUGCACAAGAAAGGCAUCGCCCACCGGGACCUGAAGCCGGAGAAUAUCCUGUGCGUCUACCCGGACAAGCUGUGUCCGAUCAAGAUCUGUGAUUUCGAUCUCGGCUCUGGGAUCAAGUUCACCACUAACAUUUCGUCGCCGACGGCCACGCCGCAACUGUUGACGCCGGUCGGAAGUGCCGAGUUUAUGGCGCCGGAGGUGGUGGACCUGUUCGUGGGUGAGUCGAACUACUACGACAAGCGGUGCGACCUGUGGUCGCUGGGCGUGAUCGCGUACAUUCUGCUGUGCGGUUACCCGCCGUUUUCUGGCAACUGCGAGCAGGACUGCGGCUGGAACCGGGGCGAAAACUGCCGCACCUGUCAGGAGCUGCUGUUCGAGUCGAUCCAGGAGGGUCGGUUCAGCUUCCCGGAGAACGACUGGAUCGACGUGAGCGAAGAGGCUAAAGACUUGAUCCGGGGCCUGCUGGUGAAGGAGGCGCCCAAGCGGCUCAGUGCCGCCGCGGUUCUCAACCAUCCGUGGAUUAAAAUCACCGACGAGGGCGACUGCGUCGACGGGGUGAACUCUAGCGCGAUCAAGGAGAUGCAGCGCCGGCGGGUACUGAAAACACCGGGCAUCAUUCGACGCAAUCAGUCGGCCCGAGAACUGUCGCACUUUGCCGAGUCGGCGAUGGCCGUGAAGCGCGUCAUUUUGCAGCAUUUCUCGAUGCGCUACGAUUACAUGAACAAGGAGCGGCCAAAUAUCUAUCAACCAGCAGAUAUCGUAGUGCCAUCGACAAAUUGUGAACCUGAGGUGGCUUUGGUGGCCGGUCCCGAGAAGCCCCAGCAGCAGGACACUUUGGUGGUUCGAACUGAACCACAGCCUUGUCCUCCAUCGGUUGCCCGGUCAAGCUCCGUUAUUCAGGUGCAGCAAAAGACCGGUGGUAGUGGUGAACGAUACGAUGCGGACGAAGACGUUGGUUCGCUGACGCCCUCUCCCUCGACGUCACCGUCGUCCGUGUCUUCGUCCUCUUCAGCAUCUUCUACUGAUGUUCAGCGUUGUGAAGCCGACGCUGUGUACAUCCCCAUCAAAAAGUCAUCUUCGACUUCUACGCUUACGCCGGACGCGUCGCCGGAUACUUCGGCUCCUUCUCUGGUCCAAGCUGCCACCGUCGUCGCGGAUGGCAUCGAUUCCAUCACCUCAGCAGUACAACAAUCACAAAAACAGCAGAACCAGCCAGAGUCGCCGCUGGCAGUCAUCAGGGAGAAGAGCGCUCCUCCGUCCAUCUCGUCCAGCUCGGUUAAGAUUCCGCCGGAGCAAAACUGGCGAUAUCGGGGCCGCGACGACGAUGCACACAAGUUUAAGCAUCCGUCGUCGAUUCUGGGCCCGAGCUACAACAAUUCCUCCAGGGCACGGUACAAUCAGCAGCAGCCGCCCCAGCAGUACCGGAACUUUGGAUCGUACAACAAUUACUACCACAACAAUCAGUACAACCAGAACGGAGGCAAUGGCGGCGGCGGAAGUGGCUCCGGAAAUCAUCAUAAUCAGUAUCGGAACGGCGGGUCAACCGGAGGCGGCGGCGGCGGCGGCAAAUCUUACUCCUAUCGCCAACCGAAGAGCAAUAAUAACGAAACGGGUAGCAUCGAGAUCCGUUCGCAGCCGCAGCAGCAGCAGCAGUCAUGGCGUAGCCGUCAGAGCAACUUCUACAACGAUGACGACGACGAGCUGGCCGACGGAUCGCCUCACCGCCAGGGCACCGGCUAUAGUACCAACAAUGCACGGACACAAUCGGCCAAGUCGGAUGCACCGGGUUACAUCCAUGGCACAUCUAUCAACAACAAUCCUAAUCACCAUCAGUACAAUCGUGGAGUAGCGGGAGUAACGACUACCAACAACCGGGUUAGUGUCACCGGCGUGGUCGGUGGCGGCAACUAUCGUCAGCAGCAGCAGCAAUAUCGCGAGCCGAUUCCAGCGGCUGGACAUGGAAUGAUGAUGCUCUAUGACGACGGGGCCGGCAGGGGACGGACGGACGGAAUUGGAGGAGGAGGGCGCAAGCCGACACAAAAUAUAAAUACUUUGAACUGUGAUCCAAUAACAAAUAAUACUACUAAUAAGUAUAAGCAUAAUCCUACACACUCAAACACAAUUGUUACCGCUCUGAAGCGAGAGACGAAGAACGGCUACCAGUCGAUGAUUGGGGCGCUGCGCAUCAGCGACAUGUACGACGAAUACGGCUGCAACGGCAACAACGCCGGCCUGACUGUUGGCCUCUCGCCGCCGAACGAGUCCUUGCUGAUGCAGCGCCGACUCUCGCUGAAAUCGCGCAGCAUUUGCAACCCAUCGACGGAUUCCAUUCAGCAGCAGCAACAACAACAGAAAAACAAUCAUCCAUCAUCACCACUACUACAACAAUACAAAUACAACUAUUAGCAGCUGAAGCAGCAGCAGCAACAACCACAUCAGCGCCAGACGCCAAACAACAUCAUCACGACAAAGAGUGGUUGAGCGCUGCCCCGAAUGCGCGCUGGAAAGCCGUUUUUUCCUCCUCUCAAAUCUCAUUUCUCUACUGCUUUUCUGUUUCACUCUCUCUGCGCGGAAUUGUUUUUUUUUUCUUUUAGAGUUCUGUUUCCCAUUUUCAUCCGAUUUCUCCGGCCAAGAUGAUUAUUUUUUUGAAAUUGUAAAAAUUCACUUUUACCCUAUUUUAUAUCUUUAAUUGUAAAGGUAGCAACACUUUCAAAAAUGAUUUACAAAAGCAAACGCGUUCAGGAGUAACAAUCUUUAUUUUUUCCACUCUCUCUUAAGUUUGCUCUACAUUAUAUGUUUCGAACGUGUAGUACAAUGGCAGCAAAAGGAAGAAGGAUCAUCAAAUAAAAAAAAAAGAAAGAAUGCAUACACAAAUAUUUUGGAACGAUAACCGCGAUGCGCACUGGUUUGAAAAUUAACACAACAACAACGACCUACCUUCAUUAACACACACACACACACUUUGUACGUGACGCAUAAUUCCCAAACCAGCAACAGGUUGAGUUUGUUUUACUACCUUAAAGAGUGCAGUGCAGUGCGCGACUUUCCCCCCCGUCUUGAAGAAGAUAAUUGUUGUUAUUUUGCUGUUAUUUUAAAAUAUCGUUCACCCCACAAAGAUAGAGAGAGAUGCUAACAGGAAAACGGGAGGGGGGAAAGCUGAAAGGCACUAUCUCUUAAACAAGAAUAAACCACAAUAAAGAAGGGGAGAGAGAGGCUAGAAGACAGAAAAAGAAUCAAAUUCUUGAAAAAAAAAAAAAGUUACAUUUAGUAACAUGUGAAUGCCAUUGCUUGAAUUCUGUGACAACAACAAAAAAAAACCAGCAACAAUUGUACGAAAAAACCAACCGAAAUCAAGCGUUAAACCAAACAACACACACUUACACAACAACACACACACAAGUACACAUUAUUUAGCAGCUAAGUGAAAAGAUAUGAAAUCAGACAGGAUCGCCUCUCGAACAUGGUUGUCGAACAAGUGUGUCGACAAACGGCCGUUGUAUAUGAAACUUUUUGUUUUUUCAUUAUUUAAUUGGAAAUAAAUCAACUACACACAAAAUUGCGCAGAAACGUUGUGAGCGAUGAUAUUAUCGAGGUUCGAUAGCGAUGACGAUAAAUAUCCCGUAGUAGGAAAUAAUUGGAGUGAUUUAAAUAAAAUGCGAUAUUCCGUGAAAAAGUGAGUUGGGUUGGGAAAAACACAGUAAAUUUGAAUUCGUGGGUGUUAUUGCACUCGAUCGUAUUUUCUCGUCGAAACUACGAUCGAAAUUUGUAACACAAUUUUUGCGUUUGUUUUUAAUUGAUACGAUAAAAGAACCUAAAUAAGACUUAGAUACGGGAUGUAGGAUCGUAUAAAAAUACAGUCCAAAGACGAUUAUUAAGCCGUUAUAAGGGCCACGUUGAAAUUCCAAAAAUUGUAAUAUUCGUGGUUAAAAAAAAAGAUUUCGAAAAUUAAAAAAAAUCUACUUUUAUUAUUAUUUAAUUUGUAAAAAAAAUUGGAAAUAUUUUUUUUUAUUUUGAAAAUUAAAAAAAAAAUUAAGUUUUUGAUUUCUUUUUGGAGAUUUCUUUAAUUUUUUUGAAAUUACUGAGAUAAAAAAAAUAUAACUUUGAAACGUUUUUUUAUAGAUUUUUUUGAAAUUUUUUGGAUCUCAAAAUUUUAUAAAUUGUUUUUUUUUUAAUUUUCUGGUACUUUUAAUUAUUUCAAAUGAAAAAAAAAAACACUUUUGAAAGCUGAUGUUCAAAUGAUGUUAUUUUUGAAUUUACAGCCCCGACUCGAUUAUCCCAAGACCUUUGAGAAAAUUCUCUUCGGGUAAUCGAAUCACAAAAAAAAUGUUUUUCGUUGUUCAGUUUUGAUUGUUGAAAGUAUGACCCCGUAAACUGCUCUAACGCGAUUUAGAUUUUUUAAAUCCAAGAUGGCGAUGAUGAAUUAUUGAAAAAUUGCAUUUUCCAAUUGAAUAGUCAAUCAACCAGUCAAAUUUUACUACAAUGGGGUCGCAGAACUCAAUUUUGAUGUUUAAAAAAAGAAAAUGUGAAGAACAUUUUUUUUGUUCAUGAAUCGAUUAUCCGAAGUACCAUACCCCAUACCUUCGGAUAAUCGAACUUCGAAUAAUCGAAACUUCGGAUAAUCGAGUCUGGACUGUAUUACCAUAGCUUAUUAAAUAAUCGUGGAAUUUUAACGUUAUCGUCACCGGUCCUACGAAAACCAUCAUCGUUAUCAUAAUUAUUGGCGAUAAUUUUAUCGACCAACGUUGGAAGCGUAUUCAUUGGGUUUGUCCCAGUCAAAAAGCUUGAUGUGUAAAAACGGGUACUUUUCGGCUAAAACUGGCUGUGAACAAUAAAAAAAACUAGCUCUUAAAAGCUGUAUUUCACAACAAAAAAAAAACCCAUUUUUUUAUUUGAGCCCCACCAAGUUUAAAACAAACACGACGCAAAAAUAUCUUCAACUGAAAUUUCUCAACUUUCGACGAGCCAUCCAGGCAAAGAUACUAGGGAGUUGGUUUGAUUGAUAAGUGUCUAUUCAAAAAGUUCUCUUAUUUUCGCCGUCGGUAUCAAUCGAAGCAAGCCGCAGAAAUGGACUUGUUUUGUCGAUAACUUGAAAUAUUGUUUCACCUAGCAAUCGAUUUUCAAACAAAGCAAAAGGAACACUUCCAUGCCGUUAUUCAACACAAUUUCCUAAACUCGUCGACAUGCCAACCAAGCUGUGAUGUUACGAAGUGAGCUCAGUUGACAAAUGUCCAUCAGCGAUCUCUUGUUUGCGCGAUCGCCUUUGCUGCCGCAAGGCAUUGUAUAAUGUUUACGAUAACAAUGCUUUCUUUCUCAACCGACCUGAACGCAUGAAUCAUUCCACUACUAGUCAUCUUUUGAUUGGCUCAGUCGGCCCUGUUAACCGCCAAUCUAUUGUGCCGUUGCUACGCUACUUAAAGUCGUUUUUUGUUUAAAUUUUUCGCGUGAGGGUUAAGAAUGCUUUCUUUUUCCCUUUUCAGCAAAAUGCUCAUUUUUGGGGGAAAGAGAAAUCAAAAACGUUACGCUUCGGUAAGCGCUCAUAGAGUGGGUCUUUGUUACUUAAAUUUGAAUGUUUUCACCUUCCCUUUACUGUUUGUACUGUGCCAAUUGAUUAUAACAAAAAAAGUUUGUUUUGUCCUUCCUUCGUGGAUUGUGCUUAAAAGAUUAACCAGAACCCAGUGCUUUUCGUUGCAGCGAUUUUAAUGUAAAAUGUAGAUUUGCUGUCGAAUUUAAUGGUAAAAGAAUGAACAGAACCAUGAAAUAUGUUUGGUACAUAAACUGCAUUUGAAAACAACAAAAAAUCUAAUUCUAUCAAUAAUUUUGAGAAAAAAAAUCACUCUUAAUAUCUUCCAAAGCCUAUCCUUUGAACGCACAGAGGCAGACUAGCAAAUAUUUAUUUUCUUAUCAUUUCCACAUUAUUGUUUGAAAAUACGCAUAAGUUAGGAACAAUUUGGAGCUACAAGAAAAGAAAUUAAGCAAUAUUGAAUAGUACAUUGGUCUAAGUCUAAUUGUAGAAGCGUUAGCAUGUUUCUGUUCAAUUGAAUUACUAAAAUAUCUUCUUGUUUUUGUAGAAGAAAAAAACAUGGAAAACAUAUAAAAAAAAACAAAGGAAACAGAUAAGACUGGAUUCAAAAUUCCUUUUCAACCUUCCGAAACAUGGAAAAAACAACACUAUAAAUGCAGUUAGACAGCCGCACUUUGAAGAGCUAGCAAACAACUUCAAUGGACACUGUAGACGGAUUUUUUGCAUCUUUCUGAUGCGGGCAAAUCAAUCCAUCAAAUUGUCCACAAGUUGUAUUGUUAGUCCGGCCUGCAAACAAUUGAACUCUACAAACUCUAAAUAAAACGAUUGCAAAUAGUUGAAUUGUUACGAUUUGCCUCAAAAGUAACAAUUUCCGAAAACACCCACACAAAUACGAUUGUGUCGUCGAAGGCAUACUCUCGAAACUGAAUCCAAAAGUCGAUGAAAAUUCCGUAUUCAAAUCCCACAAAAUCACACAUACAAACAACGAACCGUUUCGAACAGCAAAAAAAGGAAUAAUAAAAACAAAAACAUGUUCAACAAAAGAUAAAAGGUGAAAACACAAGAAAACGGUACUCUCCACAUUUAUUGUACAAUAAGGCAAAAAGAAAACACACACACUUUUUAAAUUACACGAGAAGCAAAACAAAGAAAACAUAAGCGACAGAUGUUUAAGAAUAAAAACAGAAUGUGAAAAAUGUGAGAUGAGGCAGAUGAAGAGAAAAAAAAAUCACUGAAUAAUUAUUUCCAAGUUAUAUUUUUAUACAAAAAAAAAGUCAAAGCAAAAAAAAGCGAAAAAGAAAAACUAACCAAAAACAGCACAUAAAAAUACGAAAAAAAUGAAGUAAAAAAGAGAACUAAAAUUAUAUAUUACUUACAUUAAUAAGGAUCCCAAAUUUAAUCUACAAACACAACAAAAACAAACAAAAGAAAAAUCAUGCUGAAUUUAUCACAGAAACACAAACAAACAAAACAAAGAAGAGGAAUACAUUUUGCAUUGUUGCCAUAUAUUUUUUAUUAUUGUGUUAAGAUUAUUGCGAGAGGAAGAGACAGAGUCAGAAUGGCCCGUGACGACAUUUGCGCUGCCGUUCCACACAGAACUAAGUGAACAUUUUUUCUUUCAGGCACUUGAACUUUUUUCACAAAUUCAUCAAGUGGUGCUGCACGUGCGAUUUUACGCGCGUGUGCUCGCCCUGGUGAUGUUUCCCAAAUUUGAUCCAAUUUGAAAAUGAAUGUUUCGUAUGAAAGCGGUGCCAUCCCCUUGUCCCGGUUUGUGAUUGUUUUGUUUCCAAGCUGAGGUGAAGGGGGGAAAAGCGCUCUCAAAAAUUACAUCCAGAUACAGAAAGAAGCAAAAAUGAACGAAGAAGAUAUUUUGGUUGGAAAGUAAGAACAAGAUUUUUCGAAAUAAAAUUUGUAUAUUUUUUGCAAUUCAUCAAA